GCCCGAGCCGGGGAGGGCCGGAGAGUCAAAGGCAAGUGAAGGUGGAAGCGGCCGCCGCGCAGCAGACCCCGGAGCCAGGAAGAGUGAGAACCCUGACCCCUAACCUUACUGCAUCCAACCAAUAGGAGCCCAGCUACCAUGGCGGAGCUGCAGGAGGUACAGAUCACAGAGGAGAAGCCGCUAUUGCCAGGGCAGGCGCCUGAGGUAGCCAAGGAGGCUGAAUUAGCUGCCAGAAUCCUCCUGGACCAGGGACAGACUCAUUCUGUGGAGACACCUUACGGCUCUGUCACUUUUACGGUCUAUGGCACCCCCAAACCCAAACGCCCAGCAAUAUUCACCUACCAUGAUGUGGGACUCAACUAUAAAUCUUGCUUCCAGCCGCUGUUUCAAUUUGGGGAUAUGCAGGAAAUCAUUCAGAACUUUGUGCGGGUUCAUGUGGACGCCCCUGGAAUGGAAGAGGGGGCUCCAGUGUUCCCUUUGGGAUAUCAGUACCCAUCCCUGGACCAGCUUGCAGACAUGAUCCCUUGCAUUCUGCAGUACUUAAAUUUUGCCACAAUCAUUGGAGUUGGUGUUGGAGCUGGAGCCUACAUCUUGUCACGAUAUGCUCUUACCCAUCCGGAUACAGUUGAGGGCCUUGUCCUCAUCAACAUUGACCCCAAUGCCAAGGGCUGGAUGGAUUGGGCAGCCCACAAGCUAACAGGCCUCACCUCUUCCAUUCCGGAAAUGAUCCUUGGACAUCUUUUCAGCCAGGAAGAGCUGUCUGGAAAUUCUGAAUUGAUACAAAAGUACAGAAAUAUCAUUUCACAUGCGCCCAACCUGGAUAACAUUGAACUGUACUGGAAUAGCUACAACAACCGCCGAGACCUGAACUUAGAGCGUGGAGGUGAUGUCACUCUCAAGUGCCCUGUGAUGCUGGUGGUAGGAGACCAAGCACCCCAUGAAGAUGCAGUGGUGGAAUGUAACUCAAAACUGGACCCUACCCAGACAUCUUUCCUCAAGAUGGCUGACUCUGGAGGUCAGCCCCAGCUGACUCAGCCAGGCAAGCUGACCGAAGCCUUCAAGUACUUCCUGCAAGGCAUGGGCUACAUGGCCUCUUCCUGCAUGACUCGCCUGUCCCGGUCUCGCACAGCCUCCCUGACCAGCGCAGCGUCCUUUGAUGGCAGCCGGUCCCGCUCACGCACCCUGUCCCAGAGCAGCGAGUCUGGGACUCUGCCUUCGGGGCCCCCAGGGCACACUAUGGAGGUCUCCUGUUGAAUGACCCUUGUUGCCCUGGUGUGGGACCCGACCCUCACCUCCCCCAGCACUAACCUGGGAGGUGCAUAGGGCAUUGGGCCAGAGUGAGCAAGGGAGGAGGGGCAGAUCGUGUGGGAGAUGACGUUGACUUUGAUUGCUACCCUAAUCUUGACCUCUAACCUGUGAUUCCCCUCAGCUCCUGGGAGAGAUGUCCUAAUAUCUCUUAGGAACCCAGACCCUUAAAUUCUCCCUCUCCCUCAUUCUGGUAUUAAGGUGGAGAGGGCAUGUAUUCCCUCUCCCUGUUCUAGGUGUCCAUAGAUGAAGGAUAAGAGGUUUUGGUAGUUGCCUAUGGUGUCUCCACCAGACUCUGCCCUCCUGAUCUAAUAUUGCAAGGGGAGGGGACUUGGGGCUGGGUCUCCAUUCACCAAAGCGAUCUCUGAAGGGCCUGGGUCUAAAUGAAUGUGCGUCAGGGGAGGCUUGCUGGUGGGUCAGUGGUCCUCAGGACGUGAUAGAAACAUCCGGUGUGUGAAAUGGAAGUUGGAAUGGGAGGUGGUGGGCAAUGAACAAAUAUGAAGGAAGGAUUAGAGCCGGGGCAAUGGAAAGGGGCCUGGGGCCAUUGGCUGCACUAACUUUGGUAGCUGUCUAGACAGUGUGUGUCUAGAGUGGG